AUGAGCACAAAGCCAGCCUAUGGGGUGUACACCCCGCUCGUGACCUUUUUCCACGAGGACGAGUCGAUCGACUAUGAGAGCACCAAGGCGCACAUCAAACGCAUGCUGGAAGGGGGUGUGACCGGUCUGGUGCUGCAGGGCAGCAAUGGCGAGGCGCCACAUCUGAGCCACGAGGAGCGCAAGGAGAUAAUCCGGACAGCCCGCACAGAGGCCAGCUCGCUUGGUUUUCCGGGUCUGCAGCUGGUCGUGGGCUGCGGUGCGCCCAGCGUGCGCGAGACGCUGUCGUACCUUGCCGAGGCCAAGGAAGCCGGAGCCGACUUUGGCCUGGUCCUGCCGCCGGCCUACUGGUCUGCAGCGAUGACGCCGGCCGUCGUGGAGGGCUUUUUCAGCGCAGUAGCCGAAGAGGCAGCGAUGCCGAUCCUGAUCUACAACUUCCCGGGCGUGACGUCGGGCAUCGACAUCAGCUCCGACUCGGUCAUCCGGCUCGGCAAGAAGCACCCGGGCAAGAUUGUGGGCGUCAAGCUGACGUGUGGCAACCUGGGCAAGCUGCAGCGGAUCAGCUCGACGCUGCCGAGCGAUGGAUUUGCUCCGUUUGGCGGCAAGUCGGACUUUUUUCUGCCGGCGCUGGUGGCUGGAUCCAACGGCGUGAUCGCAGCGCUGGCCAACGUGGCGCCCAAGGCACACGUCGAGCUGCUGCGGCUGUAUCAGAGCGGCGAUCUCAAGGCGGCCAUCGCGCUGCAGUCCAAGCUGAGCCACGCCGACUGGGCCCUCUCCAAGGUGGGCGUGGCCGGCGUCAAGGCGGUCGUGUCACACUUCUUCUCCUACGGGACUGGCCGGGGCAGAAGACCGCUCGGCGUCACUACAGUGUCUGCCCUGGGCGAGGAUAUCGUCACGCCGAUCCAGGCGGUGGUCGAGAUCGAAAAGCAGCUUCAAUAG